CGAGUUACGUUAUUCCCUACAUAUUUGAUAAGUGUAUUCGGAAGCAGAGAAAUCUCUUUGUGAGAUUAAAAAUUACCAUUUUGAAAAUCGAACAGUUUUUUCCAAUGACGCCGAUGUUCAUUUGUUUUAUAAUUUGCAAAAUUAGCUAAUUUACGACUGUGAAAAGUGUUGCUGUUCCGUAAAGUAUAAUUUUAUAGUGCAACGAUAUUAUUUUAUACUCAUUCCAUUACUUUAAUUCCAAUAUCGUACUCUUUUCUCAUGAUUUGCUGCUAAAACAGAAGACGCCUGAAAUCUUUUGUGUCUACGCUGAUGCAGCUGAGUACCUACUAGGGUUGGACAAAAAGCAACUUUAUAACCGGAGAAACCAAAAAAUGUGAGAGAAGCUUCACAAUGGGUUCGGAGCAGUCGUCCGUUCCUCAAAAGAAGCAAACCCUGAGGGCUCCACCAGUUCGUAGAGGACACACGAUUGCUGUUCCAAGCAUUACAGAUCCUGGGAGAGCUAGUGAGCUGCCCGCCAGUGGUAACAAUUCACCAGGCACGAGCAUAUGUUCCGACUCAGAGCUUCCAUACAUAUCUUAUACUGUGGACCGCCCUAUUGGAGACUCCCCGAAAGCUUCAGCUAAAGGCCAACGCAAUGAUAACAAGAAGUCAAUACUUCAGCGUCGCCAGUUGAGCCUGCAGCCGCGACGAGCGCGGCGGCCGCGAGACAUCGUCGUCGUCAAACAACCCGCAGACCAGAUGCUCGACGAAGAUAUACAGAGGUUACAGGAGAUACCGACGUUCCUGCCUAUAAUGCGAGGGACACUCGGCCUGCCCGGAGCCCGGGACCCUGAGGUACUUGAGGGUCUGGACUACCGGCCGUGGGUGCGGGUGACGAGUCGCCUGCAGGCGCACCUCGCGGCCUGCGCACAUCCGCUCGCAGGCAUACAGAUAGGACUCGCUGCUAAAAUUAAAGAGGCUGAUGGAGAAGUGUCCCGCCUAUACGCUGCUAUGGUGGAGAAGCAACGCGCUAACGCUCGCCACGCGGAACGUCUCGCGCGCGUGCACGAGCUGUCCCACCAGCUGUCUCGAUGCAACUCGCUGCUACACCAGACUCUUAUAGACAUAGAAGAAUUAAACCUUUUGCUGCCCGAGGAAAAACGCUUGGAACCAUUUGUAUGGAACACCGAAUGAUAGGGUAAACUCGUUAGAGAUGGCCAUACGGGAGAGAUGGCCAAUCGAAUUAUUUUUGGCAUGCAUAGCUAGAUGGCUCUACAAUGCCGUCAGUACACCGCAAGCCACGCUCGGGAACACAGUGCGACGACGCUGCUGCGCGUAUUUAUGUUAAAAAGUAAGUAAAUAAACUUUUAUUUUACAGGGUAUUGCAAAAAUUGUACAGUGUGGUCAUAUUUUAUCAUGUGGUACUACUUUUUAUUGCAUUUUUUAAAUGUUUGCUUAGUUUAUUAUGUUUAUCAAAUGUUAACGUCUAUUCUAACCUCAAAAUGGCGCCUGCUAAUGUUUAAUUAAAUCAAAAAUUUGAUAUGGCCAUCUCACCCGCACAAAGAGGAGAGAUGACCACAUAAAUUCAGGUUGAGAUGGCCAUAUUAUUCUUGUUAUGUGAAGGGAUAUUAAUGCGUUUUGUGUUUUGUUACAUAUGCCAAAUAAUUAUGAGAGAAAAGCCAUAGCCACUCGUGGUUGUUGGAGUGAAGAUUCACAAAAAAAAUAUGGUUAAACCCAAAGAUAAGAAGACUGAUACGAAAAGAACGAUAAGAAUAGAAAACGGAAAGCUGUAAGGCGUAUUAGCGAAAGCAGUUCUGAUCUCAGUGAACCAGUAUUGUGUGAUACAUCUGACGAAGAAGAUAAAGAAAACGAAGCAGAUAACUGCGCUGGAUGCGGAGAAAAUUAUUAUAAGACUCGUCUUGUGGAAGAUUGGCUCCAGUGUCUUAUUUGUGACAGGUCAUCAUGAAAACUGUACCGAGUUUGAUGAUAUGUGCUCCAAAUGUGGACAGAAGAAGAAAAAAGAAGCUAAAGGAGCCGAAUUUCAGGACAAGGGAAAGGGAAAAGGGAAAUCAAGUACUGGUCAUCUAUCCCGUAUAGCUAUGGCCAACUUACCCUGAUACCCCGGGAGAGAUGGCCAAUUCUAUUUUUUUUUAGAAAUUGUUUUUAAUAUGUUUUGAAUUAUAAAAAGAUAUUUGUCGUUGAUUUUUACAAGACUAAUAACUGUUAAUUAUGAUAAGAAUAAAAGACUGAUUGUAACAACACUUUUUCUUGUUUUUAUUAUGUCUAGAUAAAACUAUGGCCAACUCUAACGAGUUUACCCUACUCAUAGCAUAAUCUAUAAUAUUUAUUACUAGCUUCUGCCAGCGGUUUCACCCGCAUCCCGUGGGAACUACUUCCCGUACCGGGAUAAAAAGUAGCCUAUAGCCUUCCUCGAUAAAUGGGCUAUCUAACACUGAAAGAAAUUUUCAAAUCGGACCAGUAGUUCCUGAGAUUAGCGCGUUCAAACAAACAAACAAACAAACUCUUCAGCUUUAUAAUAUUAGUAUAGAUAGAUAAUAGAUAUUUUUGGCCUCACUACAAACACUUAAACAUCUGUUGAACACUUGUUUAAAAAGAAAUUAGCUGCAAAUCGGACCUUGUAUCAACGUCAUUUUUUUAGACAACUGUUCAACAGACGUUUAGUAGUGUUUGUGGUACUAAGGUUAAUGUGUAGUUCGAUAUAAGAAUUGUAUGCUUACGCUUAAAUCCAAUGAAUUCGAUAUUGUUUAAAUAGUAGGUAUACAUUAUAAGGCUUAGAUCUCAAAGUAGCUUUGUGUAAAAAAAACUAGAUAUAAUUAUAAAAACUUAUAAUUAUAUCUAGUUUUUAAGUAGUUAUAUAAGUUACCUGUAUAGCAUAUGAUGUAUGAUUAAUUUGUUGUGUAAUAUAAUAAUGAUUAUAUUCAGAUAUGAAGUUUUAUUUUUAGAUCCCUAGAUAUUACAUAAAUGAAGCCUGAAGUUAUAGUUAUCGGCACGGAUAUUGAGCCCUGACCUUCACCUGCGCAGAAGUGAUUUAUUGGUUUAUUGCCUUAUGUGUACAGUGCGCAAAGCGAUCCCCACUCUUCCGCCGAGAGCUCAAUAUCCGUGCCGGUAACUAUACUACAAUAUUUUGUUUUAAAGUUACUACUGGUUUUCUCCUGCAGUUUCACCCAC